UAAACAAAUUCAAAUUCAGAGUAAGACCCUGUCAAAGAAAAAAAAAAAAAGAAAGAAAGAAAAGAAAAAGAAAAAGAAAAAAUCAAGUCAGCAUUUUUUUUUUGAGAUGGAGUCUAGCUCUGUUGCCCAGUCUGGAGUGCAGUGGCACAACCUCUGCCUCCCGGGUUCAAGUGAUUCUCCUGCCUCGGCCUCCCGAGUAGCUGGGACUACAGGUGUGUGCCACCACUCCCGGCUAAUUUUUGUAUUUUUAGUAGAGAUGGGGUUUCACUAUAUUGGCCAGGCUGGUCUCAAACUCUUGACCUCAAGUGAUCCGCCUACCUUGGCCUCCCAAAGUGCUGGGAUUACAAUCAUGAGCCACUGCACCAAGCCUCAAGUCAGUAUUUUGCGUGACCAUCACCUCAUCCAUUUCUGAUUUCUUUCUUUGUGGUGAGGACAUUCAAAGGCCAGAGAGCAAGUCAACAGUAAGUGUGGUGUUUCUUGUAAUCCAGCCAGAAUCAGUGGAUAGGAGAGAGCUAGAAGUUCUUCCUCAGCCCAGUAAUAGAAUGUAUACUGGUUGUGGUGAAGACACAUUGCUUCAGAGGUGACAUAGGAAAGGAAGGCUGCUGGCCAGGCUAUCCUGGACCUGGAAUUUGGGGUGCACAUUAACCCUUGUUUACAGACCUAAAGAAGUAGUUCUCUAUUGGGGGCAUUUUUCCCCUGGGGGGACAUUUGGCAAUGUCUGGAGACAUUUUUUUGGUUGUCAUAACUGGGGAAAGGGGGAUUGCUACUGGUAUCUGUUGCAUAGAAGCCAUCGAUGCAUCUCUCAACGUGCAAGGCAGUCCCCCUCCCCAAGAAAGAAUCAUCUAGCCCCAAAUAUCAAUAGUGCCCAAGUUGAGAAACUCCUGGUCUAGAAUUUUUAUCCUGUACUAAAACUUAUACCGUGGAGCUUAGCGGAUUGGGGAGAGACAAAAAUAUGCAUCUGGUCAAACUCCAGGUCACAUUCCUAAAGAUUCUGAUUUUAUUUUGUGAGGUAGAGCCUGGAUAUGGUAUUUUCAUGAAGCUCCCCAGGUGACCCACAUAAACAAGGUUGAGAAUGACUCCCUGGAAAGUCUGGUCUGAUGGAGGCCACAGAAGAGACUGACCUCCCCCAUUUUCUUGUGACUAGGGGGUUAUUUAAGGGUUGUUGGUUCCCUGAAGAGGUAGCAGCAGUGGAGAAACCCACAGGAGAUGGAGCGAAGUCCCCCCAAGUGCUAGAGAGGGUAAGAUGGACGUUCAAGUCUGGGGCUUUUGUGAGAAUUGGGAAACGGCACUCCUUCUGGAUAAACAAAUUCAGAACUUCUAGGUGAGUGCUCCCAGGGCUCUUAGCCUAGCUAUCAGACCAGACUACUGUGGCAGAGAGAAAGAUGCCCUUCUAGUGGAUGUGGCCCCUGCCAAGACACAAAGCUCCCUGAACCCAAAGGCAUUUGGAUUUCGGCUCCCACUUGCCCCUUCCUCUGGAUGCCUUUGUACAGUGCCCAAACGCACAACCUAAUGCAGCAACUCCAACUAAAAUUUGCCUUAGCUAAGAUCUUUCUGAGACAGCAAAGGGGCAACCUAUUGCCUUACUGAUUUAACAAGAACUAAACAACCAAAACAACAAACAAACAAACAAAACUAUGAGAGGCUUACUCAAAUGCCUCAAAGAAACCAGAUCCGUCCUGCGGGCAGCCUAGAAACCCUGUCCUGAUGGCAGGAUCCAGCGAUGCCAAACCACAGGGAAGAGGCUCCAGUCUGGUCGUGGUCUCUUUGGGGUGGUUGAGAACCACCCAGGAAAUGAGGAAAUCUGGCUGCAGGAACCUACAGCUGGAUCCCCAUGGCUGUGGGUGAGACAGAGAACUUUCUGUGCCUUGUGCUCUCCCAUCAGCUGAUCCUGGAAGGAGAACCUCAAGCCCCAUCCUAAACCGCAGCAGAGCAGGCACGCACCCGGUCCAGUCCUUGAUUUAUUCCUUUGCAAAAGAGAAACAAACUAACAAAAAAUCUGUAGUAUGGACUUUGACGUCGGCAGAACUACACACCUAAGUUCCAGUCCCUGCUCUGCCAGUAACGGGGGUGAAUCUGGGCAAGUUUCUAAGCGUCGGUGUCUUAUUGGAGAAAGUGGACAUGGUAAUAGCGAACUUGGGGCAUGGUCGUGAGGAUCAAAACAGAGAACAUGGCCAUAGUAUCCGGCCGCAGUGGGCCACUCUGAAUCCCCUCGGUUGCCCCUUCUGUUUCCGUGUGACUCACGCAGCUUUCUGCACAGAUGGUAUCCUUCUAGACGUCUGGGAUGUUCGAGGCGGUUGAGCCACCCGUGUGUGUAUUCCGGGUGAGGGGGCGCGCAAAUUGAAGCAAAGAAAGCUACUCCAGGAUAUUUCGCUCUGCUGGGGCUUGUCUCCAGCGCUCUCUGGCCAGAAAAAGCGCUGGCACAAAAGGACGAGGUGGGUGGGUCAGAGCCCCGAACCGCGCAGUGUUCCAGGGGGGCGGAGAAAGGAGGGCAGGCCCCAGGCAGGAAGGAGGGAGGGAAAGAGGCGAGAGGAGGAGUUUUCCAGCCCGGCCUUCGCCCGCCCGCUAGCACGCAGUCCCUUGGUCUCUUCGGUCUCCUCCCGCCCCCGGGAAGCGCGCUGCGCUGCCGAGGCGAGCUAAGCGCCCGCUCGCCAUGGGGAGCCCCGCACAUCGGCCCGCGCUGCUGCUGCUGCUGCCGCCUCUGCUGCUGCUGCUGCUGCUGCGCGUCCCGCCCAGCCGCAGCUUCCCAGGAUCGGGAGACUCACCACUAGAAGACGAUGAAGUCGGGUAUUCACACCCUAGAUAUAAAGAUACCCCGUGGUGCUCCCCCAUCAAGGUGAAGUAUGGGGAUGUGUACUGCAGGGCCCCUCAAGGAGGAUACUACAAAACAGCCCUGGGAACCAGGUGCGACAUUCGCUGCCAGAAGGGCUACGAGCUGCAUGGCUCUUCCCUACUGAUCUGCCAGUCAAACAAACGAUGGUCUGACAAGGUCAUCUGCAAACAAAAGCGAUGUCCUACCCUUGCCAUGCCAGCAAAUGGAGGGUUUAAGUGUGUAGAUGGUGCCUACUUUAACUCCCGGUGUGAGUAUUAUUGUUCACCAGGAUACACGUUGAAAGGGGAGCGGACCGUCACAUGUAUGGACAACAAGGCCUGGAGCGGCCGGCCAGCCUCCUGUGUGGAUAUGGAACCUCCUAGAAUCAAGUGCCCAAGUGUGAAGGAACGCAUUGCAGAACCCAACAAACUGACAGUCCGGGUGUCCUGGGAGACACCCGAAGGAAGAGACACAGCAGAUGGCAUUCUUACUGAUGUCAUUCUAAAAGGCCUCCCCCCAGGCUCCAACUUUCCAGAAGGAGACCACAAGAUCCAGUACACAGUCUAUGACAGAGCUGAGAAUAAGGGCACUUGCAAAUUUCGAGUUAAAGUAAGAGUCAAACGCUGUGGCAAACUCAAUGCCCCAGAGAAUGGUUACAUGAAGUGCUCCAGCGACGGUGAUAAUUAUGGAGCCACCUGUGAGUUCUCCUGCAUUGGCGGUUAUGAGCUCCAGGGUAGCCCUGCCCGAGUAUGUCAAUCCAACCUGGCUUGGUCUGGCACGGAGCCCACCUGUGCAGCCAUGAACGUCAAUGUGGGCGUCAGAACGGCAGCUGCACUUCUGGAUCAGUUUUAUGAGAAAAGGAGACUACUCAUUGUGUCCACACCCACAGCCCGAAACCUCCUUUACCGGCUCCAGCUAGGAAUGCUGCAGCAAGCACAGUGUGGCCUUGAUCUUCGACACAUCACCGUGGUGGAGCUGGUGGGUGUGUUCCCGACUCUCAUUGGCAGGAUAGGAGCAAAGAUUAUGCCUCCAGCCCUAGCGCUGCAGCUCAGGCUGUUGCUGCGAAUCCCACUCUACUCCUUCAGUAUGGUGCUAGUGGAUAAGCAUGGCAUGGACAAAGAGCGCUAUGUCUCCCUGGUGAUGCCUGUGGCCCUGUUCAACCUGAUUGACACUUUUCCCUUGAGAAAAGAAGAGAUGGUCCUACAAGCCGAAAUGAGCCAGACCUGUAACACCUGACAUGAUGGUUCCUCUCUUGGCAAUUCCUCUUCGUUGUGUACAUAGUGACAUGCACACGGGAAAGCCUUAAAAAUAUCCUUGAUGUACAGAUUUUUAUUUGUAAUUUUAAAAGUCUAUUUUAUUAUGAGCUUUCUUUGCACUUAAAAAUUAGUAUGCUGCUUUUUGUACUUGGAAGUGUUUCAAAAAAUUAUAUGACUAUAUUUACUCUUUCUAACUUUCUUUACUCCAUCAUGGCUGGUUGAUUUUGUAGAGAAAUUAGAACCCAUAACCAUACACGGGCUAUCAACACGUUAUUCAAUAUGACACCUAACUCUUUUCUAUUUUGUUUUUUAAGUAAGACUUUUAUUAAUAAAAUGUUUUGGAGCAAA